AUGGUAGCCAUCAUCGGCCGCCCCAACGUGGGCAAGUCUUCGCUUUUCAACCGCAUUCUCUCGCGCCGGCAUGCCAUCGUCUCCGAAGUGGCCGGAACCACCCGCGACCGCCUGAUAGCCCAGGCGUCGUGGAAGGGCCGGCCGUUCCUGCUGGUCGACACCGGCGGCCUGGAAGACGACCCGGACGGGCACAUUCCCCAGCGGGUCCAGCAGCAGGCCGACAUGGCGAUGGGCGCCGCCGACGUCAUUGUGUUCCUGACCGACGUCAUCGAGGGGGUUACGGCCACGGACGAGGCGGUAGCGCAGCGGCUGCGGCGCACGGACAAGCCCAUACUGCUCGCCGUCAACAAGGUGGACAACGACAACCGGGAACUCGCCGCGGCGGAGUUCUUCGGUUUGGGGCUCAACGACACAGCAUUCAUCUCCGCGUACCACAACUACGGCGUCUACGACCUGUUGGAGCGAAUUGUCGAGUUGCUGCCCAGGCGGGAACUGGCCGAUGCAUGGGACGGCGGCCCCGAAGGAGACGCCUUGAGCCUGUCCAUUGUCGGCCGCACCAACGUGGGCAAGUCGAUGCUCACCAAUGCCAUCAUCGGCGAAGAGCGGAGCAUUGUGAGCCCCGUUGCCGGCACGACGCGCGACGCCCUGGAUACCGCGGUAUCCUAUCGGGACCACGAGAUCACGCUGGUGGAUACCGCUGGUAUACGCCGCCCUGGCCAGGUGCAGCGCGGCAUCGAGAAAUACAGCGUGCUCCGUGCCGUGAACGCCGUGCAUCGCAGCGACAUCACCCUGCUGAUCACCGAUGCCACCGAGCUCGCCACGGCACAGGACGCGCACAUCGCCGGGCUGUCCUGGGACACCAACCGAGGCCUGAUCGUGGUGGUGAACAAGUGGGACCUGGUGAACCGCAACCGCUUUCGCAUGGAACGCGUUUUGCACCGCGUCCGCGAACGCCUGCAUUUCAUGCGCUACGUGCCGGUGUGCUUCACGUCAGCGCUCACCGGCGAGGGGAUCGAGGAAAUGCUGGACACCGCCCUGUCACUCUGGCAGGAGCGGCAGAAACGGGUCCCGUACCGGGAUCUGCAAUACCUGCUGGCUGACGCGGUUUCCACCCACACUCCGCCCUCGCAGCGGGGCAACAUCCGCAACCGCCUGCGUAUUCGCCGGGUGCGGCAGGUGGCCGUGAACCCGCCAACCUUCGUGUUUUCGGUCAACGACCCCAAGCUCCUGCAUUUUUCGUACCAGCGAUAUCUGGAAAACCAAAUUCGCGACCGGUUCGGAUUUGACCGAACGCAUCUGAGAUUGAUUUUCCGGCCGGAGCGCGCGGAGAAAUCCUCCCGCUCCGGAAUACGCAACCGCGCCCGGUAG